AUGGAGCUGAAGCAGGCGGACAAAGACCCCUCCUUUUCAGUUGACACCACUACCACCACAGGCCUGGACCUCGCGGAGAACCAACCUGAGCAGGAGGCGAGCGAGACGGCGCUGCUCUCCUCCCAUCAGGACCCGGAGAAGGAGCCCAUCACCGCGGGAGAGCAGGAGCCUACAGCUGCAGAGGGAGGCGAGCAGAAUGGGGUCGUGAAGCUGAAGAUCCCGGAGGAGGACACCCCGGAGCCGGAGCACUUCACUGGGCUGAACAAAGAGGAGCUGCUGCGUGUGGCCGGUACUCCCGGAUGGGUGAGAGCUCGCUGGUCCCUCCUGGUCCUCUUCUGGUUGGCCUGGUUGGGGAUGCUUGCUGGUGCGGUGCUGCUGAUCCUGAAGGCUCCUCCCUGUAAAGAACUGCCGCCUCAAAACUGGUGGAACGAUGGUCCGCUGUUCCACAUCCGCAACAUCCAGGACUUCAGUCCGACUGCCAACAUCAAAGGAGUGGAGCAGCAGCUUGAGUCUCUCUCACAGAUGAAGGUCCAAGGACUGGUUCUGGCUCCGGUUCAUCAGGCUCCUGCUGAUGACCCCAUGGCCCUGAGCUUCGAAGAGGUGUCUGCGGAGGUGGGGAGUCUGGACCAGAUGAGAAGUCUGCUGACCACAGCCCACAAGAGAGGUCUCUUUGUGGUCCUGGAUCUCAGUCCCAAUUACGCUGGUUCCUCUGGCUCCUGGUUCAGCAACAGCAGUGUGAGCAGUGUGGCCGAACGCCUCAAGUCUGCUCUGGUCUUCUGGCUCACUCUGGGCGUGGACGGCGUGAAGCUGGACUCUGUGGACUCGGUCUGGUCCAUGGUCCCAUCUCAGUGGAGCGACAUCAGGGCCAUAGUCCAGAACUGGACCGACUCCAGACCCCACAAGAGGCUCCUACUGGGGUCGUCCUCGCUCUCCUCUCCUGCUGAGGUCAGCUCUCUCCUUGGGGAUUCGGGGGUCGACCUGCUCCUGUCUCCGGUCCUCGGUCCUCGCACGGACGCCACGGAGCGUGCUCAGUCUAUCCUUCUGCUCAGCUCCGCCCACAGCCCCUCCCAACUGCUGUGGAGCCUGCAGCCAGAAGAGAGUGCCAUGGAGCAGGACUGCAACACCAUGGAUCUGAUGCUACUACUGAGCCUGCCAGGGACUGCACUGAUAAACCAGGGACAGUUCCAGAGGAUCCAGGACUUGGAGCAGAACCAGACUCAGGAGAUGCCCCGCCCACAGCCCUCCUGCCCUCUCUUCCUCUCCUCUCUCUCUGCUCUCCGAAGGAAAGAGCGCUCCCUGCUGUUCGGAGACCUCUCGCUGCUCUACAACUCGUCCUCGGUCCUGGUCUUCCUUCGCUCCUGGGACCAGAACCAGCGCUUCAUGGUCCUCUUCAACUACAGCCCGGACCAGAGCUUCAGCCUGUCGCAGUUGGAGGGACCCCCAGGGGCCCGUGGCAGUGUGGUCCUCAGCUCCAACAUCUCAGCCAUGAGUCCAGACACACAACUGGAGCUGAGGGAGGGACAGCUUGGACCAGAGCUAUCCGUUAUGCUGAGGUUGGAGCAGAGCUGA